ACUUCCGGGUUCCGGCACCGGAAGUCUUGGUGCUAGAAAGGCGGAUCCCUUUGUGCUAACUUGUCUUUCUCCAUUUAGUGACACGCUUUCCUGCGUCCUUUCGUGUUUUAGUCACAAUAGCAAUAACAUUGAGCCCCAUCUCUUGAAAUCAAGUCAUUUUUUCGACACAAUCGGUUUAUUUCUCUCCCCGCCGUGACAACAGGAAGUGUACGCCCUCCCCGCUAGCAACAAAGCUAACUUUUUUUAACACCACUCUUUAGCAUUGAAGCCCAAGCAAGCUAGCAGCGGCAACACUCUCCCACCAGAAGAGCAACAACAUGGGCGACAAAGACCUGACGUGGGCAUUGAAAACCGGAGACGUUACCGAGGUGGAGGGCAUGCUCCUAUCGAGCGAGGACGUGAACCGAACCCUGGACGGCGGCAGGAAGCCUCUUCACUACGCUUGCGACUUUGGUCGAAAGGAAAUGGUGGAGUUCCUCAUCUCCAAGGGAGCAGAUGUCAACGCCCCCGACAAACACGGCCUCACUCCGCUGAUCUCUGCCAGCCUGGAGGGCCAUGCCAGCUGCGUCAAGGUCCUCCUAAACAUGGGCGCCGACAAAUACCAGAAGGGUCCGACCGGCAUGACUGCCUUCGAGAUGGCGGAAGACGACAACAUCAAGGCUCUUCUCAAGUGAGGGGGACACUGGGGGGUGGGGGGGGGUGUUCGGCCCCGCCGGCAGAUGGAUGCAGCGGGUGGCAGCUGAGGGAAGAUGGCUCCGCCCCUUCACCUUUAUUGACCUCUUCUCACUGUCUGUUAGCCAGGUGAGGGGGGUCAUCUUACCUUUCUGAACCUUUCCUCUACUCCCGCCUCUCCGGGAUGGGAUUUUGUCUCGUUUUUUUUGGGGGGGGGCUUUCCAUUUCUUGAGCGGAUUGGGGUGGGGGGGGUGGAGGGCUGACACGUGGGCUAAGCACUUAAAUGUUCCUAUUUUGUACCAAUCCACUCAUAGCGUGUGGCCUGAUUGCACUGUACAACUAUCCACUAAAGAAAGGUUGCGUUCUUUUAAUACCCGCCCCCCCGCCCCCUCCCCCCGGAAUCGACUUCUCGGAGCCGCGUUAACAUAUCACAUUGUGCUUUGGAAUGGGUGACGCAUCAUUGAUUUCCUGUGUCCAUUGACCAAUCACCAUGCCGGCUAACGACCAGGAGCACUUGAAUGUUGUACAAGUCACGCUAACGGCAAAAACACAUCACAAAAAUACGCGUUUGUUUUGCUUUGCUACUGAGUGAAUAGGAGUUUAAUAUUAAACUGGACUGUGGGGAUGGGGAUGGGGGGGGGGGGGGGGGGGGGCAGAACACCCCCUCUUCUAACCCCCCUCCCGUUGCCUUUGGGUUUGCUUUAGCUUGCAUGUCUGCUUCUUCUUAGGCCGUCGCUCCACGUUUUCUUUUCUCGGUUGCUGUCAAAUUCCGACUAAUACUACGACUGGUGUCAUGGCCGCCACAAGAAAAUAAACGCUCUGAAACGCUGACUUUGUUGUGACAAAAAGUCUGUACAAACAAAAAUAAAAAUGUCCUUAAAAGCUCA